AUGUCAAUCUUCCAAUUGGGGGAUAGAAGACGGAAGAAAACCACGAUCACGCAGUUACAGACGGGAGAAGACGAAAUCAUCGUCGAGCCUCAAGCGAUCGAGGCAAAUCUGUUUGAUUUUUUCUCGAGCCUCUACUCAGAAGAAACAGCAGAAAAUGACGGCAAUGCCAACAACGGGGACGAUUUCGCUUGCGAACGUGUUAUCCCACCGGACGACCCACUAAACGAAGCGUGCAUGGAGGAGAUACAAACAGCAGAAAUUCUGUCUGCUAUCAGGGCGAGCGCACCCAAACGAUCCCCCGGUGCCGACGGGAUCCCACGAGAAUUUUAUCUCCGGAUGUUCGAUGUCAUCCACCGUGAGUUGAACAUGCUUAUGAAUGAAGCACUCAACGGAAAUCUCCCCCAUGCCUUCGUGGAGGGCGUCAUCGUGAUGGAACGAAUUAUGCAGGCCCACCGCGUCCUAAGCAACGGACAGAAAUGUUCAAACGCAGAGCGAAACAUCUUCCAGGCCACUCUCGCUCUGAAAGAUCGGAUCGCCAAUCUCCGUCACCACCGUCGCGCCGGUAAGCUCAUCAGCUUCGAUCUGGAGAACGCCUUCGAUCGGGUGCGGCACUCGUUCCUCUUCGAAACCAUGCGGUCGCUCGGGUUCAACGAGGAACUCAUCUCUCUUCUCUCGAACAUAGCCAGUCGGUCCACAUCCCGGCUGCUUAUCAAUGGGCACCUCUCUCGAUCGUUUGAGAUCACACGGUCGGUGCGGCAAGGCGACCCGUUGUCCAUGCAUCUGUUCGUACUCUAUCUUCAUCCACUGCUUGCCGCCGGCGCAAAAUUGAAUCUGCGGAAGACGGUUGCAGUGAACGUUGGCGUUUUCGAAGGCAACGAAAUUUGUACCCAGUGGCUGCAAACAGCCAACGUAGUCAAGAUUCUGGGUGUUACCUUCGCCAACUCGAUUAGGCUGAUGACUACACUCAACUGGGAUGCGCUGGCGGGCAAGUUUUCACAGCAAAUGUGGCUGCAGUCCUUGCGCACACUAACUCUUCACCAGAGGGUGAUUAUGCUGAACACGUUUGGCACAUCGAGACUGUGGUACCUUUCGUCUGUACUGCCUCCGCUUGGUGUCCACACAGCGAAAAUAACAGCAACGAUGGGGACAUUCCUGUGGAGAGGAAUGGCUGCGCGCGUUCCCAUUAUGCAGUUGAUACGCAAGAAGGAGCACGGCGGUUUAAAUUUGCAUGUUUUGGCAUGCAAAAGCCGUAGUCUGGCCACCAACAGACACUUGAAAGAGAUCGACUCCAUUCCUUAUUAUAAAUCCCUUCUAUUCCACGCAAUUCCCCGCCCCGCAAUGUCUAUUGACAAUCCUGACCUAAAAUCGAUCCUAUCAAACUUAUCCCAAAUUCCCCACCAUAUCCAACAAAACCCUUCCGCCGAUCUGAUCCACCGGCACUUCGUCCAGCAAAGCGAACUGCCAAAGGUGGAACGAAACAGUCCAGCGCUUGACUGGCCACGCGCGUGGCGAAAUAUUGGGAUGAAAGAGCUUUCCUCAUCGCAGCGAUCCAAACUUUACCUGCUGGUGAAUGGGAAAAUCGAACAUCGGAAGCUUCUGCACGUGAUGCAACGGGUGGCGGACGAGAACUGUCAACACUGUGACAUACAGGUACCUGAAACGCUCCAGCACAAGUUCUGUAGCUGCACUCGUGUCGGCCCGGCCUGGACGGUCCUACAGCAGAGGCUAGCCGGCUACACGAAUGGUUGGAGGCGACUGUCGUUCGAGGACCUCAUGAGACCUGUUUUGCCAGGAAUUGGAAGAGCUGCGCGAGUGGAAAUUCUCCGCUUGUUUGUGAAGUACAUCGUCUUUGUUAACGAGUGUAACGAUAGGAUUGAUGUGGAUGCUUUAAUGUUCCAAUUAGAUUUAAAUUGA